AUGUCUGAGUAUAAGCUCAAGAACGUGUCGUCGCCGCUGGCCCUGCAGCCUGGCGAGAAGAGGGAGGUCGAGGUCGAAGGCCUUGAUGGAGCCAAGAUCCUGCUUCUCAACGCUGGUGGAGAUCAAAUCCACGCUGUCGGGCCCAAGUGCACACAUUACGGCGCCCCCCUCGUCAACGGCGUCCUGACCAAGUCCGGACGUCUUGUCUGCCCUUGGCACGGAGCUUGUUUCAAUGCCAAAACCGGCGACGUCGAGGAUGCACCCGCUCUAGACGCGCUCACAGCCUUUAGUGUUGUCGAAAAGGAUGGUGCUGUUUACGUGCGAGGUGAAGAAGCCGCCAUCAAGUCCGGGCGAAGAAAACCUAACGUUAGAUGCCGCGUGAGCAACACUUCUGAAACUGACAAAGUCAUCGUCGUCGGCGGUGGUAGCGGAGCCAUCGGCACUGUAGAGGGUUUAAGAGCUGGUGGUUUCUCUGGUCCCAUUACGGUCAUAACUAAAGAGGGUUACCUGCCCAUUGACAGGACUAAGCUCUCCAAAGCUUUGCUUACCGAUGUCAACAAGGCUCAGUGGAGAGAUGCCGAGUUCUUCAAAUCCGCAUCCAUCGACUUUGUCGAGGACGAGGUCACCGAUCUCGACAUCAGCCGCAAGUCUAUCAGGACAAAGAGCGGCGCGCAGCAUAUAUACGGAAAACUUGUCCUAGCUACCGGCGGCACUCCCCGCAAUCUUCCCUUGCAAGGAUUCAAGGUGCUCGAAAAUAUCUUCACCUUAAGAACUUUGCAUGAUACCAAAAGCAUUGUGGAUGCCAUUGGAGAGAAGGGCAAGAACAUUGUUAUUGUUGGAAGCAGCUUUAUCGGAAUGGAGGUUGCGAACGCUACAGCCGCGGACAACACAGUAUCCAUCAUCGGCAUGGAAAGUGCACCCCUCGAGAGGGUGUUAGGUAAGGAGGUCGGCGCAGGUCUACAAAAAGGGUUCGAAGCGAAAGGGGUUAAAUUUUAUAUGUCAGCUGGUGUCGACAAGGCCGAACCGUCGGCAUCGAAUCCUUCUAAAGUCGGGUCGGUUUCAUUGAAGGAUGGCACUAAGCUUGAUGCCGAUAUAGUGAUCUUGGGCGUUGGUGUUGCGCCGGCUACGGAGUAUUUGAAAGAGAACAAAGUGGUCCGGCUUGAACAGGACGGGUCGUUGAAGACGGACGACAACUUCCUCGUCGCGGGGCUCAAGGACGUCUAUGCGAUCGGUGAUAUCGCAACCUAUCCUUACAAUGGGCCGGGUGGGCAGGGCAACUAUACCAGAAUCGAGCACUGGGACGUAGCACAAAACCAAGGUCGUUCUGUGGCGAAGCACAUCAUUAACCCGUCUGUCACACCUCAAUUCUUCACUCCCGUGUUUUGGAGUGCCCUUACGGGCCAGCUGCGCUACUGCGGCAACACGGUGAACGGGUGGGACGAUGUCGUUCUCCAAGGGAAUCCAGCGGAGAGCAAGUUUGUUGCCUACUACUGCAAGGGUUCAGCUGUCGUGGCGGUUGCCAGCAUGGGCAAGGACCCGGCUAUGACCAAAUCAGCAGAAUUGAUGAGAGAAGGGGCGAUGCCUACGAAGGAACAACUCCAAAAAGGCCUAGACAUUCUAGAUGUGUCACUAGUAGCCUGA